AUGGCAGGCAUCUCAGUUGAUAGCAGUCUAGCACUGCUCUCUGAGCCAGAUGCCUCAUCAUCUACUGGUGUGUUUGAUCAUUUCGAGAAAUCCCUGCACUCAUCCUCUGUCGAGCACUUGGAGAAUGCCGCCGAGAUUGGCGUCGAAUUCCUUCAAACACUCAAAUCGGCACUUGCUGCCUCGACCUCGAUGAAUAUUGAGGCUCGACGUUGGUCUCAGCGUGUCGAGGAUGCGCUGGCGGAAAAGCGCUCUUACAAAGCCGUCUUUGCCGUUCUUGGUGGCACCGGCGCCGGGAAAAGCUCAAUCAUCAAUGCUAUCCUUGAUGAGGAUCGGCUCAUCCCUACCAACUGUGUUCGGGCAUGCACGGCCUCUGCCACAGAGAUUGCGUACAACACCUCUGAUGAUCCAGAUGAAUCCUACCGUGCCGAAGUCGAGUUCAUAUCUGCCGACGAGUGGGUUACUGAAUUGCGUGCACUGUUGGGUGAUAUCGACGACAGUUCGGACGACGAUGCUCAAGCAUCAAUCAGAAACCCCGAGGCGGACGCUGCUUGGGCUAAAAUCACCGCGGUAUACCCACAGAUUUCGAAGGAGGAUAUCCUUAAGUCUGAUAUUAGGGACCUUUUAGAGGGGCUCUAUAUGCAUAACGUUUUGGGAACCACCACCAACCUGAAGGCAACAUCCGCGGCUUCACUCUACAGCCAAUUGCGCGAGUUCGUCGACAGCAGGGACAAGACUGGUGUGAAGAAGAUGGAACUCUGGCCUCUUGUCAAGAUCGUGAGAGUGUUCAUCAAAGCUGAGGCCCUUUCUACUGGAGCAAUCAUCGUUGAUUUGCCUGGAACCCAGGACGCCAAUGCUGCGCGAGCAGCUGUUGCAGCCCAAUAUCUCCAAAAAGCCACUGGUUUCUGGAUUGUGGCCCCGAUCAUUCGCGCCGUGGACGACAAGACCGCCAAAUCUCUGCUUGGGGAUGCCUUCAAGAGGCAAAUCAAACUGGACGGCAAUUUUUCGGCGAUCACUUUUAUUUGCUCCAAGACGGAUGGCAUCGUAGUUUCCGAGGCACGUGAAAGCCUCGAGAUCAACCCACCAGAAGAUUUCGAAUGGGACGACGAUGUCCGCUUGCUGAACGAGAUCGAGGCUCUACAGGAAGAGGCGAACACCUUGCGAGUACAGGCGAAGGAAGAGAAACAACUCAUGGAAGAUGCCGACGACAAAGCCGAGCACUGUGAGGGCCUCUUGAAAGAGAUUGAGAAGGGCAAUACAGUACUCGAGCCGUCACCUUCCGACUUUCAGAAGAGCAAGUGUCGCGCAAGGAAGGUCGGGACCCGUAGCCGUCCACGCCGUGCUCCUUCAACGAUCGCUGCCUGGGCUACAAGCGGUGGAUCUUUGAACGCACCAAUUGACCUGGACGAAGAGUCUCCGGCUGCUGAGAACAGCGAGACUGAGCUGACCAUGAAGCUAUUAACUCCUGAGGAGGCCGCAAGGCUGAUUGAUUCUUUCAAGAGCGCCAAGAAGCAUCACCGUGAGAACAAGGAGGAAAUUGAGGACAGCCUUGAAGAAAUCGAGUGCGACAUUGAAGAAUGUCAGGAGCGUCUAAGAGCGUUUGAGAUUGCGGCGCAGACUCUUUGUAUUCGAGCAAGGAAUGAAUAUGCCAUCCAGGAUAUCAAACGUGACUUUGCGGAAGGAAUCAAGGAGCUGGAUGAUGAAGCGGCGUUGGAGAGGGAUCAAGAAGGCUUUGAUCCAAGUCAGGACCAGCAAGACUACAGCAAGAUAUCUGCAUCGCUACCUGUAUUCUGCUGCAGUUCCCAUGCCUACCAGAAGUCACGAAAGAAGAGCCGUCGUGAUCAUCCUCUUCUCGAUGGAUUUCCGGCUGUCGAGGACACCGGCAUCCCGCAGCUCCGCUCUCAUUUGAUGCAGUCGACAGAGCCCGCCCGAAAAAAGGCUGCGAUGCAAUUUCUGACCAAGCUAGCCAGGCUGAUCAUGUCUCUGAAAAUGUGGUGUCUCAAUGGUGGCACUUCCCUCACCGAGGACGAACAGAAGGAACGCCAGAAACUUCUUAUGGAUGACAUGGAAGAUCUCCAAAAGAAGAAACUCUUGACAGCCGCGGGAGAUCACCGAAACGAACUGUCUAUGGUACUUCGGGUCUUCAUCUAUGACAAUCUCGACCGCAUCGCCCCAAGAGCCUCCGAGGCAGCAGUAGAGAAGGCAAAAUCAUGGGGUUACAAGCGGGACCAGGGCGGUAUGCUUUACCAUACCUACCAAGCGACGUGUCGUCGUAAUGGUGUCUUUAAGGGUCGAAGUGGGCCACGGGACCUCAACCAGGAGCUACUCGAACCCGUGCUGAAGGGCAUCGCAGCACCUUGGGAGAGGGUCUUCUCAGUACUCGUACCGGCCGGUCUCCGGACUUUCUUGCAAACAUGCAUUGCCUAUCUUGAGAAGUUCCGCCAAGUGAUGAUUAGCCGGAAGGGCUUCUUGGAGGACUCACAGAGCAGUGCAGGACUGGCCGACCAGCUCUUGGCCCAUCAAGCUGCCUUCAAGCACCUCCAGAACCGCGUCAGUCGGAAAAUCAGGAGGUUGCAACGCGAAGCCAACAGGUCCUUUGGACCUGCUAUCGAACAGCAUCUACAGCCAGCGUACAAUGAAUGCCUGCGGGAGCGUGGUCCAGGAGCGCAGAAACGCAUGGUAGAUUAUAUGGUGAGAUAUAUCAGCGACAUUCGUAUCGAAAUAUUUGAAGAUUCCACAGGCGCCGUCCGCGGCGUGCUCGAGGAAUUAUGCGAAGAAGUGGACGAGUAUUUGCAGAGGAAGAUUCUUGGCAUCCUCGAGGAGAUCUCUGACGACUGCCGGUCUGCUCUGGGAGGUUGUGAUGAGAAGAACACGAAAGCUCUCAGAGCUGAGCUCUCAACACACCUGGCUGAGAUAGACACUACCUUCAAAGGUGUGCUGGCCAUGCCAUGA